AUGUCGACAGCCUUUGUCCUCUGCAUCUACUUGUUGUCCCUGAUCUCCAUCUUCCCUUCCACUUCCCAAGCCACCGUCCCUCCCUCCGCCCGGUUCUCCCACGUCAACGGCGACAACGAAUUCGGCGACUACGUAGUCGAGUACGACGCGAACUACCGCUUCCUGCCCAUCGGCACCACUCCAUUCCAGCUCUGCUUCUACAACACCACUCCAGGGCAGUACACCCUGGCCCUGCGAAUGGGCACCGUGAGGUCGGAGUCAUUGAUGCGAUGGGUGUGGGAGGCCAAUCGCGGCAACCCAGUUGGAGAAAACGCCACCUUCUCCCUCGGCGCAAACGGAAACCUCGUCCUGGCACAUUCCGACGGCCGAAUCGCCUGGCAAUCCAACACUGCCAACAAGGGGGUAACUGGGUUCGAGCUCCUCAACAAUGGCAACAUCGUGCUCAAGGACUCCAACGGCGGAUUCGUCUGGCAGAGCUUCGAUUCGCCCACCGACACCCUCUUGGUGGGCCAGUCCCUCCGACUCGGAGCAGCCACGAAGCUGACCAGCCGAGCGUCGGCGGUGGAGAACAAGAACGGGGCGUACAGUCUGGUGAUGGAACAAAAGGAUGUGGCAAUGUAUUUCACUGGGGCAAAUAGUCGAACACCUUACCGGUACUUCUCAUUCGCCGCCGUGCAGCGCUUCUUCGUCCCGGACAGGAGCACUUUACUCAACGUCACUCUGUCCCCGACCCUGGGCCUCGACGCUGGAGUCACCGACACCACCGCCGGCGGCGGCGGCACGUUCUUCAAAAACCCGCGAUUCAACACCACUCUGUCGUACCUCCGCCUGGAGACCGACGGCAAUCUGAGGAUCCACACAUUCAUAAUCGCCACCGAUGCCGAAGGUUCCGAAUUCCAGCGGUGGGAGAUCGCCGUGACCGUGUUCUCCGAGGAGGACGUGUGGGCUCUGGAGACGAAAUGCCAACUGCCCGGCCGGUGCGGGGAUCUGGGUGUCUGCGAGAACAGUCAGUGCGUCGGGUGCCCGACUCCGACCGGGCAGCUGGCGGGGUGGAGCUCCGAUUGCAAGGCGCCGAAGCUGAACGGCUGCGGCGGGAAGGUAAAAUAUGUCGAGAUGAAGGGGAUCGAUCAUUUUGUGGUGAAGUAUACCAGAGGAAAUGGGCCGGUGAAGCAGCAGUCGUGCGCCGACAAGUGUACCAAGGAUUGCAAGUGUAUGGGAUACUUCUACCACACGGAUUCGUCCCGGUGCUGGAUUGCGGAGGAGCUGAAGACGAUGACCAGAGUCGGCAACUCGACUCAUUUGGCUUAUAUCAAGACGCCGGCGUAG